UGUAUUAUUAUCCAUGCCCGUCAAAACAAAUUUCAAAAUAAAAUAAAACUAAAGUUUCAGUUUAAUGAAAAAAUUUAAAAUCUGAUUAUGCUAACCUUAUUUUGAUUACUUGCAAAAGCCCCCAUUCAGCUUUUAUUUGAAACACUUGCACAAAUUAUGUGAAAAACUGAACAGUUCAAAUGAUUUUUUUUUACUCGCUUACAAACUGGUGCAACACAUUAAAAUAGCACAAAAGUAACGCAUUUCACAACCCCAAUAAAACAAUAAAUCAAAACAAAGACUACCUAUGCCAUUCUAAAGUAGUAUUUUUUGAAAUCAUCUUAUGUCUACAGUAUAAUACAUCACUAAACAUCUUAGAUUUGUUUCAGGGAGAAACACAUUUAUUCAUAAUAAAUAUUUUUAGGACUACAAUUGCUGCUACGAAAAUCUAAGAAAUUGUAAAAUGUAGUAUUAUAGUAUUUUGGCGAUGGUAUAUGAUUUCAUUGAGUGUAUUUAAGGUUUGGUGCGAGAACUUGGACCGAACCAUAUCAGAUGCAGGGAAAGAAGAAAGAGCUCUGGCUAUUCAAGAAGGAGAUGUAGACGAAGAUGGCAUUCCAUUUACUACAGUCAUUGUGGACGGUGGAUGGGCCAAGCGUUCUUACGGGCAUAAAUACAACUCUCUUUCAGGAGUGGCAGUGAUCAUAGGCCAAAGAACAGGAAAACUUUUGUUCUUGGGCGUAAAAAAUAAGUAUUGUACCAUCUGUCGUCUUCAUUCGGGAGCAGAUAAAGAACCGAAAAAACAUUUCUGCUACAAAAACUGGAGCCAACAAAAGCCAUCCACAGCGAUGGAGCAAAGUGUUAUUGUAGAAGGUUUUUGUAACAGUAUACAAAUGCAUGGUUUAAAGUACAAAUACUUCGUGGGUGAUGGAGAUUCUAGUGUUUAUGCAAGAAUCAUUCAAAAUGUCCCUUAUGGACGUUUUGUGCACAAACUUGAAUGUGCUAACCAUUGCAUACGCAACCAUACCAGUCACCUGCAUACCUUGGCAAGUGAUAAGAGUUUUGACCCAGAGGCUCGACGGAUGCUCAAAUCUGUCAUUCCAAGGCUAACUUCUGCAGCACGAGGUGCCAUAAGGCACUGUGGGAAAGUGGGUGAGAAAGCUGAAGACCUAAUUAAGGACUUGCGAAAUGGUCCAAAUCAUGUAUUUGGAGACCAUUCUGAGUGCCGACCUUACUUUUGCGAAGGCAAUGAAUCUGAUGGUAAAAGGGUAAAUAUUUUACUCGGAUCUGUAUUGUUUGACCAUAUUCAAGGUCUUUUAGGAAGCCUGGUAGCAAAAGCGCCAAGACUUGUGGAAAAUAAAACAAGCAAUGCAGCUGAAUUUUACAUGAGUCUUGUUGCAAAGUUCAAUGCUGGAAAACGUCUCAACUUUACUCAAAGAGGAUCUUUUCAAAGACGAUGCCACGCCGCGGCUUUAAGAUUUCAGAAAGGCCACGCUUGGGAAAUAAGCCCUUUCAGGAAACUGGCAGGAAGAAGCCCUGGACUGAGUCAUUAUAAGGUUAUCCGAAAGAGACAGCAGACAUUAACACGCCGUAAAUUGCAGUUCCAUGACGACUUCCCUAAAAAGAAAAGAAGCAAAACUGAUACAACUCAUCCAGCAGACAUCGACUAUGGACCAAGCUCUGAACAAGUAGAAGAUGAUCCGUGUGACGAGAUUUCAGAUGCACAGCUAGCAGAAAAGUGUGAGAACUUUGUUGAAUCUCUGAAUGUGACCUCUGAGCAGCAAGAAGAAAUUGCCAUUCAAACUAAAGAUCAGGCGAAUUGUAUAAUCUGGCAUGAACUUAGGCGAGUACGCUUAACAGCUAGUAAUUUUGGAACAGUGUGCCGAAGAAAAGAAUCAACUCCAUGUGCGAACUUGGUGAAAAAUCUUUUGUACAAACCCUCUGUGAAUACCAAAGCUACAGAAUACGGUCGCCGCAAUGAACAUGUUGCUAUUAAAAGGUUCGAAGCACUAACAGGCUUGAAUGUAGAGAAGAGGGGACUGUACAUAGAUGUAGAAAAUGGGUUUUUAGGAGCUAGUCCAGAUGGAAUUGUGGUCACAGAAAAUGCUACAAUUGAAGUAAAAUGUGUUCCAUCAGGCAUAUCUACUGGGCUUCAAGAGCUGGCCAGAAGUAAGAAAGGAUUCUUUCUCCAAGAAAUUGCCAGCAAGAAGUUACAGCUUAAAACCACACAUCAUCACUUCUAUCAGAUCCAGGGAACUUUAAAUAUAACAAAAAAAGAUUUUUGUUAUUUAAUUGUCAUGACUGACACAAAACAAGAUUUGUUUGUUGAAAAAGUUCAACGAAAUGAAGAUUUCUGGAGAAAUGAAAUGCUGCCCAAACUCACGCGAUUCUAUAAAAAGUGUUUACUACCCGAAAUUGUUGAUUCACGAGUUAUUAGAGGAAAACAAGUGAGAGAGCCAGAGUAUAUAUCAAAGGCAAAAGAAGAAAUAAAUGCAAAAAAGUCCAAAAAAUCUUAGUUUCUUUUGUAAAGUUGUGAUGUUUUUUCGCCUUCAAAUAAGCAUAAAUUUUACCUGCACUUACAUUUAAAGUAAUCCACGUAUGUUAAACAGCAUCAGUGCCAUUGUUACUGGUAUUAUUUACAAAAAACUUCAAUACGAAUCCUUCAAAACAUAUGAACAUAUACACUUUUAUUCUGUUCAUCGUGUACUUAA